AUGGGUCUCACCAAACCCCACCAGACCUCCCAGUCGGAUGUGGAGAAAACAGAGCCUAUCGUAUCCGCUGACCACGCCGCGGCGCCAGACGGUGGUCUCCAGGCGUGGCUGGUCGCAGGCGGGAGCGCAUGUAUCAUCUUCUCUUGUCUCGGGUUUGCGAACUCAUUCGGGGUCUUUGAAGAGUACUACGCGGCCAAUCAGCUGCGCAACGAGUCGACUAGCAGUAUCGCCUGGAUCGGGUCGGUAUGCACCUUCCUCCAAUUCGCAGCAGGCGGGCUCGGAGGUCCAUUGUUCGAUCGCUAUGGCGCAUGGGUGAUCCGUCCGGCUGCGGUGGUCUACAUCGUCGCUAUGAUGAUGACCAGCCUCUGUUCCAAGUACUGGCAGUUCAUGCUGGCACAAGGCGUCCUUCUCGGUACGGCGAUGGCGUUCCUUCAGCUUCCGGCCAUGGCAGCCACGGCACAGUACUUCGACAAGAAGAAAGCAGCGGCACUCGGCUUGAUCAUCUCCGGUUCGUCGAUCGGAGGCGUCGUCUUCCCGAUUGCCUUGUCCAAAAUGCUCAACAGCUCAUCGCUCGGGUUUGGGUGGUCGGUGCGAGUGAUGGGGUUUGUCAUCAUUCCCCUGAUGGGCUUCGCCUGUAUGGUCGUCAAGCCCCGCCUGCCUCCGCGCACGACCUCGUUCUUCAUCCCGGAAGCCUUCACGCAGGCGCGGUUUGAUCUCAUCGUCGCCGCCUUCUUCUUCAUGUUCAUCGGACUAUUCACGCCCUUGUUCUAUCUUCCCACCUAUGCAGUCACCCAGGGAGUCGACGCCACGUUGGCCUCGUACCUGCUCGCCAUCCUCAACGCGGCGUCCACGUUCGGACGCAUCAUCCCUGGGAUACUUGCUGAUAAGUACGGUCGAAUGAACAUGUUUGCCCUGGGAGGGAUCGCCACUGGGGUGAUCAGCCUGUGUAUGACCAAGGCGCAGUCCACGGCCGGGCUGGCGGUGUACGCCGUGUUCAUCGGAUUCGCAUCGGGCACAAUCAUCUCGGGAGCCACCGCGGCUCUGACGCUCUGCGUAAAGGACGCACGGGAUAGUGGGACAUAUCUGGGGAUGGGGAUUGCAGCCAGCUCCGUCGCCGCCUUGAUUGGACCCCCCGUGAUCGGAGCAUUAUUUGAUCAUUACGGAGGCUUCCUGCAAGCGUCCAUUUUCAGCGGCGUCUUGUCUCUGGCAGGCGGCUGCAUUGCCUUUGCCGCGAAAGCGACUACGUCAGGAGGUCUGCUAGGGCGAGUAUAG